AACUAACAAGUGAGGCGGUUGUAAUUAACGAGAGAUUACAUCUUCAGUCAAACUCACAGUAAAACGAAAUAAGUUUGAAUUUUCUUUAAUCGAUCAAUGCAAAGAUCAAUGUAUUCAGCAGAAUUUUUGUGAAGACUGUAAUUACAAAGUUUAAAUGCACAAUUUAUUUUGACCAGCACACAUUAUGAGCGAGUUCAAGCUGCAUCAUUUGGUCGGAGAACUUCUAGAGUUACUUGGGUCUUCGUCAUCUCCUGAGAAAUACGUGGAAGAACUUCAGAAGCGAUGCAGCCGAUCCUCGGAUCUUGCAAUAAGCAAUGUCGUAACUCAGAGCUGCGUACGCAAACUUGCUAAAAAUGCACCAGAUCCGGAUCUCUUUUUACAAAAAUACGAAGAAUUGAAGUCUAAAAACGUUGACCUGUUGGGUCCGUUUAUGCAGCUACUUGAUUUGAUAUCAGCAGACAAAAACUUGAAGGAUCACUUGGGAAAGAAUGCUUUGUCUGCUAAUUUGAGUAAUACCAAAAGUUCAACGAUAACUCGAGAGGAUGUUCCACAGAUUUGUAAAAAUGUUAUUAAAGCUGCCGUUGAGGGUGAAAGGAAAUUGAACAAACAAAUCAGCAUGACUGACAAGCGGAAUGAUCCUCCUCUAGUCUCGCAAAACUGGGUCGUGGAUCGACCUCGUUUUUCUUGGGAUUUUCCUUCAGAUUUAUCUGUUACUUCCUGUCAGAAAGUUGUACCAGCUGCAUCACAAGAAACAAUACUUCUCUGGGAUAUAUUGUGUUGUUUAAAAGGGAUGGAUGGUUCGUACAUCACUUCUGAGCCCCUUGCAAAUCCUUACGAUGUUCGAUCCUUUGUCAUUUCACAAGACGUAGGUACCUCAUAUAAGCAGUUAGCACAACAAAUAUUACCAUUGGCUUCACACUACUCAAUGACCGUUAGAUUUAUAGAAGAAAAAGUUUUGCCUGAAGACGGUCAAGUCAACCAUGCUUUGCGAGGAGCAUUGAAUUGUCUUCUAAAAGAUUAUUUGCUCUUCGUUGUACAAUUGGAAGCCGAACAUAUUCGUGGAAAAUUGAACCUACAGAAGUUAUGGUUUUACAUCCAGCCCACCAUGGCUACCAUGGCAAUUCUUGCACAUAUCACGUCGACUAUAUGCAAGGCGAGUGCUAAAGGUGGCAAAGUCUUGAGCUUACUACACGAACACAUGAAUGAUAUCAGCGGGGAAGCUAAGUCAAAGGAAUUAUGUUUGUUCCUUAUUCGUGCAGCUAGUGUUCCCUACAUGCAAACGCUAGAAAAAUGGGUCUACAAGGGUGUUAUAAGCGAUCCAUAUCAAGAAUUUCUAGUUGAGGAUAAUGAACUCAUACAGCGCGAAGAACUGCCAAUGGAUUAUUCUGCUGAUUACUGGGAAAAGAGAUACACUGUGAGACAUGAAAGAAUUCCAGUCUUUCUCAGUGAACAUGCCCAAACAAUUUUGAGAACUGGAAAAUAUUUAAAUGUUAUAAGGCAAUGUGGUAAGACAGUUCAGUGGGGAAAGCAAGAACCACUUGAAUAUCAACAUCGUGGACAAAAGUACAUUGCUGCCAUUGACAGGGCUUAUUCUGAAGCUGCGCGGACGCUAUUAGAAGUCCUUAUUCACGAAAACGAUCUAAUGGGACGUCUUCGAAGCGUGAAGAAUUACUUUCUUUUGGCUCAAGGGGAUUUCGUGGUUCAAUUUAUGAAUCUGUGUGAAGGGGAAUUGGCAAAAAAUAUGUAUGACAUUGUGAUUCAUCGGCUAGCUUCUCUCCUAGAAUUGGCUUUACGCAUGUCGACUGCAGAUUGUGAUCCAUACAAAGAUGAUUUGAAGCCAGAACUCUUGCCCCAUGAUUUACAAUUUCAAAUGUUCCGAAUCCUUUCCAUCCAGACACAAGGGGAAAAAGAUUUUUGUUCUCAAGUUGAUACAGCAUUAACUGGAUUGGAAGCAUUUGUAUUCAACUAUGACGUCAAGUGGCCAGUUUCUUUAAUUAUAAACAGAAAAGCAAUAGCCUGCUAUCAGAUGAUAUUUAGACAUUUAUUUUACUGCAAACAUAUUGAAAGGCUAUUAUGUAGAGUGUGGAUUAGUAAUAAAAUAGCAAAAACGUUUACGUGUGAAGCUGCAAUGGCAUAUCGCCAAGCAUUUUCACUGAGACAACGUAUGCUUGACUGCAUACAACACUUGGAAUAUUAUAUGAUGGUUGAAGUUAUAGAGCCGAACUGGCUCACAUUUCUCAACAAAAUGAGCAAGGUCAGCAACGUGGAUGAUGUUUUGAGCGUGCAUCAGGAUUUACUUGAUAACUGUCUCAAGGAGUGCAUGUUAACGGAUCCAGUUUUAUUGGCAUGCAUCACGAGUCUCUGUGCUGUAUGCGUCGAAUUCUGCAAUUUCAUGCAGCAAAUGAGCCGGUACUAUGUUGACGCUGAACUGACUUCAAUGAUUGGAUCCUGUCAAGAUGACGUCGGUGACUGUGAUUCUGAGAAUGAUGCUGAAUCAACACUCGGGGCAGAAGAGGGCAGUUUUGAAGAGAGAAUAACGAGACUGGACACUAGAUUUAUGGAGGUUCUUGUUCGUCUCCUAGAUAGAAUCCGUGACUUGGGCCGUGAAAUUGAUAAUGAAAAGUUACUGAAUGUUUUGUGCCGAUUGGAUUUCAACAUGUUUUACACGGAAAUGCUGUCAAGGCAGGGUAUGGAAAAAACUACACGGCAGCAAGACAUUUCUGGUUGAUCAGUAACUACUUCCAGAUUGUAUAGUAUACAAUCACUCUAUACUGUACCUAUUAUCAACUAAAAAAAAAUGAAUAUGUUUAUAGAUCUUUGCUAAAAAU